AUGGCUUCAGUGAUGAAAUGGAAAUUACGUCGCACCGCCAAAGUCAACCUCAUCUUACCCGGCGGCUACAAAGUGCCCAAAGGCUCAGUCGUGAUCCGGUACAAAUUCGUCAAAGAUGGGACGGAGUCAGUGGAGUAUGAUCCAAUGUUUCAGCUCAUUAGGCCAAACGAUUUGUACGUGCGCUCAGAGAAGCGAGUAAAGUGGUCGCCAAAGACAGAAGCUGUGGCACAACCCUAG